AUGUGCCAGGCUUUGAUUGAGGAUGGCAAUGCAGACCAGGCCGUGGAGAUUCAUCAUACCAUUGUUAAGAUGCGUAACUGGCCCAUAGUCCUAUUCUACACCUGUGUUAUUGAAGCCUACCUGAAGUUUGGCAAGACCAAGGGUGCUCUGGAGACAUACCGCGGCAUGCUAGAUGCUGGGGUUGCCCCAAACUCAUACACUUACACUGUUUUAAUCAACGAUCUCACUGCUGACCCCAACUUCUCUAGAGAUGCCAAGAAGUGCCUGCUUGAGAUGAUGGACAAGGGGAUGAGGCCUAAUGCUGCUACCUGCACUGCUGUAAUAGAGAGCUUUGCAAAGCAAGAGGACGAGGCAUCUGAGGAGGAGUGCAAAGAGUUGGUGGAAGUGAUGGUGGGUAAGGGCUUUGUGCCAAACGCAAAGGCUAUGAGGGAGGUUCUAAAGGGAAGGCCAACACCAUUAGUUAAAAGGGUCAUGACCAUUGUCCUUUCCAACUUGAAGGGCUGA